AUUAAGUCAAGAUGAUUGAUCUUUUUAUGCCUUUUCGUUCAUUUUUGAAAUUUGAGAAUGUAUGUACUGAUAAUAAUAUUUUUCGAAUGCAUUACAAGCUCACAGUCAUAAUAUUAUUGGUGUUUACACUUCUUGUGACUUCAAAGCAGUUUUUCGGAGAGCCCAUACAUUGUAUGAGCGGCAAUGAUAAAGGCAAUGAUAAGGACGCCGUGAACAGUUAUUGUUGGAUAUAUGGAACAUACACGCUGAAGAGCCAGCUUUUAGGUGUUGAAGGCAGGCACAUGGCAUAUGUAGGAGUAGGACCGGCUAAGUCCGACGAUGAUGAGCAGAUCAAACACACUUACUACCAGUGGGUGUGUUUUGUACUACUUGGUCAAGCCACCAUGUUUUAUGCUCCUCGAUACCUGUGGAAAAUGUGGGAAGGAGGCAGGCUGAAGGCACUGGCAGCUGAUCUUAGCAGUCCAAUGGUUUCGAAGGAUUGGUCAGAGUUCAGGCGCAAGGAACUUGUCUCAUAUUUUAAUUACACAAAUAUGUAUACUCAUAAUAUGUAUGCCCUGCGUUAUGCAUUUUGUGAGUUACUGAACCUUGUAAAUGUGGUUGGUCAAAUAUUUAUUCUGGACUUGUUCCUUGGUGGUUCAUUCCGUAACUAUGGUGCUGCAGUUGCAGCUUUUACGCACACCCCACGCAUACCUAACGAUUUUACCAACUUCACCUCUGUCAACCCCAUGGAUGAAUUUUUUCCCAAACUCACUAAAUGCUGGUUAAGAAACUAUGGACCUUCAGGCUCUCUUGAAUUAAAGGAUCGAUUGUGUGUACUACCUUUAAAUAUUGUUAAUGAAAAGAUAUUUGUUAUCCUUUGGUUCUGGCUUAUUAUAUUAACGGCUUUUUCGAUACUAGCAGUAGUUUUUCGUUUUCUCUUGCUUAUAUUAUAUCCACUGCGGACAGUAAUGAUACGUGGACAAAUACGCUAUGUUAAAAGAAGUGUUGUCUCACGUAUUGUAAAGAGAUUUGGUUUUGGGGACUGGUUUAUUCUCCACUUAUUGGGUAAGAACAUGAAUCCAAUAAUUUUUAAGGAUUUAGUACUUGAAUUGGCCAAAGAAAUAGAACAUAAUGCUAUAAUGGUAUAACUCAUGUUUUGAGUUUUUCGAAAUAAGUCGCUAAUUUGAAUUAAGAUUUGCUACAAUAACAGUAAAAUAAUUAUUAUAAUUCAGUUAGCCUGUGCUCAGCUAUUUGCUAAAAUUUUGAAUUUACAAUUAGUGUAAUUAAAAUCUUGCACUUUGCAUGAUUGCUUGCUAUUGAUUAGAAUGAGCUGAACU